UUCUGAGCUGGUUAAAAUUAGUACUCACUUUGCCCGAGUUCUUCAUUACUUCUGACAGACGGAGCCUGGCAAUGGGGAAACGGGUGAUACUUGCUCUUUUCACGGUGAUACUUUCUGUGGUCGCGUACCGGCUCGUAGACCUCUGCAAUAAGAUGGGAGUAUUCAGAGAGCUGGAUCUGGUUGAGCCUGGUAAUUGCCAUCUGAUCAAAGGAAUUGAGCAUGGUUCUGAAGAUAUUAACAUUCUCCCUGGAGGGUUGGCCCUUAUCAGCUCUGGCCUGAAGUACCCAUCACUGCCUAACUUUGACAGUGAUCGACCAGGGCAGAUUCUCCUAGUGGAUCUAAAUAAACCAACCCUGACAGCUGUUGAACUGAGAAUCAGUCGUGGGUUUGAUGUGGAAUCCUUUAAUCCACAUGGAUUGAGUACAUAUAUAGAUGAAGAUGGUACUGUGUAUGUUUUUGUUGUGAAUCAUCCACGGAAUAUUACCACAGUGGAGGUUUUUAUGUUUGAAGAGGACCAAAAUAGUCUAAUUCAUUUAAAGACCAUCCAACAUGAACUUUUACACAGUGUGAAUGAUAUUGUAGCACUAAGCUCUGACAGUUUCUAUGCCACAAAUGACCACUAUUUUGCUCAUGAAACCCUAAAGACUUUGGAGUUUGUUCUUGGCUUCUCAUGGUGCAGUGUUGUUUACUACAGUCCCUCUGAGGUAAAAGUGGCGGCAACAGGAUUUAGAGUUGCUAAUGGGAUUAAUGUUUCCCCCGACAAAAGGUAA